GAUCGCCCUCAACAGUAAAGAGAAAUCGCGGCGAAUUUACGAAAAUAUUUAGUAAUAAACAUUGCGUCAGUAUUCAACGUCAACCUGCUAUGUGUGAUGGAAGACUAAAACGAAUUUCCAAUUGUUAAAAUGAAAAUUUUGAUUCUGACCCUGAUUGUCAGUUUUCAAGGAGGGAGUGCAUUUAUGGAAGACGUAAAAACUGCGUUAAACUCUGCCAGAGGGUAUUUAGAUGAAAUUCUGCCAAUGAUCUCAAAUGGAAUAAAAGCAGUUCAGAAGUUUGAAGAAUUUGUGGAAAACUCUAUUGAAGAAGAUUGCUACUAUGAGUGCCCUAAAGGGAAUACUAAAACUCCAAAACCAGAUCAUGUGCAAACUGCCAAUGGAUGUGGAUCUUUAGAUAUCACUUUUGAUGACAGCAAUGAAUCCUUUAUCUAUGUAGAGAAGGAGUUCAGUGAUUGCUGUCACUCUCAUGAUUACUGUUAUGACACAUGUGGAGAGGAUAAGGAUUUUUGUGAUGUAAAGUUUCGAAAGUGUCUCUACAAAGUUUGCAGUGGAGAAGAACACAAAAAGUUUCUGGAUAACAAGAAGUGCAAACUCAAGGCCAAACUGUUUUACAUGACCGUUGUGGGAGUUGGAUGUCAGCCAUUCAAAGAUGCACAGAGGAAUGCCUGUGAUUGUGUUAAAGGUGCUGCGAAGGGUAAAACUGAGCUGUGAAUGUUAUUUAAGACGGAGAAAAUAUUUUUUAUUCUUUCAUUUUCUGAUACGUUAAACAUUCAAUCUAUUCUAUCAGUUCUUUUGUAUUACAAAUUCAAUAGAAUUAUCUGAGACAGGUGAUUUUUGAACAAGAAAGAGGGCCGGCUUUAUCUAGACAUAAGUGAUUCACUUACUUUUCUUAAUAAGUGAAGUCCUGCUCAUGGUUUUCUAGAUUCUUAAAGAAACCAGAGAAAUAAUCUUACUCUCAAUUUGUAGAGUGGCAUGUCGGAUUCAUAACAUAAAUGAUGAGAAAGAUAUCAAUUUAAGGUUUAAAUUCUUAAAUUUUCUGUCUAGUUCUUGAUGCAUAUAGGACAUAGGUUGUUACAAGGGUAAUUCAGUGAAUAGGAUAUACCAUUUUCACAAACAAACUUGAAAUUAGGACUACACUCUACAGUCUCUCUUCUGCAAAAAGAUUCAUUUAAUUUAUCAUAGUUAACGGAUUUGAAAGUGUGUGCUAAAAUUUAAUGGAAAACCCUCCCAACUGAACCCAACAUGGUGAAAUAAAAUUAGAUCAAAGUAAGAUUUCAUGAAAUGCAGAAAACACCGCAUUCAUUAUUUUAACAACACCUUUAAGUUUUAAAAGUUUUAACAUUUUAUAUGUGCAAAAUCAUACUGAACUGAAAUAAAGAUUUAUGUACUUCCAAAUUUUACAACAACAAAUAUAGACUGAUUUAAUAUUAUUGUGUGGCUCACUCUGUAUUGAACCAUUUACGUAGCUGUAUAAUAAUGCAAUGUAAAUUCGUCCAUUCUGUAUUAAAAUAUAAUGUUAUAUGGUCCACCCUGUAAUUGAAUAAAGAUAUUUUGUUUUAUGGCUCAUUCUGUGUUAAAACAUGAUGUUAUGUAGCUCAUUCUGAAUUAAAAUAUAUUGUUAUGUGACUCA